UUAAAGCUUGUAGAUAACAAACUCACAAGAAAAAUCUUAAAGCAAGUUAAAAAGCAACAGGAAGAUCUUGAAGAAGAAGUGGGAUUAAAAGGUUCUGACAGCAAAGCACGGGUGCCACAUUUGCUGAUUGAUGAUGGACUGGAUGAUGAUGAUGAUGAUGAAAGCAUAAAUGGAAGUGAAUGUCUGGAAGAAAUUAAAAUCAGUGAAGAAGAUGAAAAGGCUUUGGAAAAUUUUAUGUGUAAAGAUCCACAAAAAAAAGCAACUUUAGCUGAUAUUAUUAAAGAAAAGUUAACUGAGAAGCAAACUGAAAUACAGUCCGUGUAUUCAGAUGCUGGAAGCUUGAGACAAGAAGAUUUGGAGAAAAUAGCACCUAUGUAUAAAGGAGUUGCCCAAGUACUUUCACGUUACCGUAGUGGAAAAAUACCCAAAGCUUUCAAAGUUGUUCCAAAACUGACAAAUUGGGAGCAAAUUUUAUAUCUUACAGAACCUGAUAAGUGGACAGCUGCAGCUAUGUAUCAAGCUACUCGUCUUUUUUCAUCCAAUUUGAAAGACAAAAUGGCACAAAGGUUCUACAAUUUGGUUUUGCUUCCCCGUUUACGUGAUGACAUCGCAGAAUGCAAGACUUUAAAUUUUCAUCUUUAUCAGGCACUGAAAAAAUCUUUGUUCAGGCCUGCUGCAUUCUUCAAAGGCAUUAUUCUGCCACUUUGCGAAUCAGGAACAUGCACUUUACGAGAAGCUACAAUUUUUGGUAGUGUGUUGGCUAAAUGUUCCAUUCCUGUUCUCCACUCAAGUGCAGCUUUAUUGAGAAUUGCAGAAAUGGAUUACAAUGGUGCCAACAGCAUUUUUAUGAGAAUUUUGCUGGAAAAGAAGUAUGCAUUGCCCUUCCGUGUCGUAGACGCUGUUGUGGCCCAUUUUCUGAGGUUUGUAGAUGAUAAGAGAGAGCUUCCUUUGUUGUGGCAUCAGUGUUUACUAACAUUUGCUCAGAUAUAUAAAAAUGAUAUAUCUGCAGAGCAGCAGAAUGGAUUACUGCAUUUGCUUACAGUUCAUCACCAUCCUCAUGUGACUCCUGAAAUACGCAGAGAAUUGCAAAGCAGUAGUUACAGGAAUUCUGAAAAUUGUAUAGAUAUGGAAAAAAGUUAAUAAAAUUUAUUAUUUAUGUUA